AAUUAACAAAAUUAAACAAUCUUCAAUUGUUACGUUUUAGAAUCUUGAAUUGCUUGCUCUUUUCGAAAUACCGCGCAACAGCCAUGUUUAUAUGCAACGUUGCCACGUUCUCGAAACAGCGGGCGCUCCACCGGCAUACUCGCGCUCUGAUUAGUCGAGGAGCGCGGCCGCAUCGCGCUCUGAUUGGUCAGUGUUUUCCGUUAAUAUCUCCUCAACGAAGCCUCGGACAACAUUUUCGCUAAGGAAAAAGUUGUUUCAAAUCACCUCCCGAACCGCCCCUUUCAAGGUGUUGCAACAUUUUUGUGCAUUUUUGGGACACCCUGUAUAUAGUCGAAGACUAUAAGCCUCCUGUCAAACGGCGACGAAAAAUCACGAAAUUCAAAAAUUCAAAUGAACAUAUCUAGCGAACUAAACGCUAAAUUGAACCCAUAUUUCACACAGACAUCAAUUAAGAUGUUAAUUGUAAGUCGUCAAAAUUAUGAGACGAUUUGUUAUCUGUUAUCACUUUCGACCAAACUACCUUAAAGUCAUCCCUGGUAUCGCUAUCGGUGGUAUUCCGUAUUUACUUCAAACUAUCAAUCACUAUCAAUGAACGAUCGUCUUAAAUCGCUCAGCAGUGAAAAUGAAAUUAACAGCUGGGAUAAUUCUGACAAGACUAGGGAAACGAUUUAACAUUAAUCUCGUUCAAUUGUGUAACAUCACGAAUAUUCCUAAAAGAUGUUACAGCGAAAAGCUAGCUAAACCUAACCUCUACAACAUCAAGAGUAAAAGCAAUGUACAAACAAGCAAAAUUGGGUUGUAUGGAUAUUGUUUACUGAGCGUACCGAUUGCCACAUUUAUACUUGGUACGUGGCAAGUUCAAAGACGCAGAUGGAAGUUGAAUCUAAUAGAGUCUUUGAACGAACGUACUACUCACGAUCCUCUUCAACUACCGGCUAAUUUAGAGGAAUUAGAAUCGAUGGAGUAUUACCCCAUCAAAGUGAAAGGUGAAUUCAUAUACGAGAAAGAAUUCGUUGUAGGAUUUAGAAAUCUGAUAGUAGAUGGUAAAACCGAAGGCAGCGGUUCGUUAGUCGGGAAUAAAGAUGCUAAGAAAGGGUAUUGCGUUAUUACACCCUUUAAAUUAUCGGAUCGAGAUUUGACGAUUCUGGUAAAUCGUGGCUGGGUUCCAAGAACCCAUAAAUCUUUAGCGAAGAGGCAGGAAAAUCAAAUAAAAGGAGAAAUAGAAAUUACAGGAAUUUUAAGGCUGAACGAACAUCGACCACCGUUCGUUCCCAAACACAGGACAGACACUGACAUAUGGUCUUACAGAGACGUGAAUGCAAUGGCUGAGAAAGCAGGGACAGCUCCCAUCUAUCUGGAAAUGGCUUACGAUAAAGAUCUACCUAAAUUUCCAGUGGGAGGUCAAACGCAAGUGCAUUUAAGGAACGAACAUCUAAGCUAUAUAAUCACAUGGUAUUCCCUCUCCGCGUUUACUGGGUAUUUGUGGUACAAGGUAGUCUCUAAGAGGUUGCGUGCGAUAUAAGUUUACAUGUAAAUCGAGAAACAAGAAUAAAAUAAGUGGCGAAUUCGAAUGGAA